UUCCAAGCACGGCGACUAAUAAUAAUAAUAAUAAUGGUUCAGUUCGAGUGGUAGGUGAAUUACCUUCCCUUCUUUCGUCACCUCGUAGCUCUUCACCCUCUUUCAAUCCUCAGCAACAUCAUAGUAAUUUGACAAAUGGACAUGAACAUGGUCCUCCCGUCUUACCACCUAUGCCAUCACGUACUUCCACUCCACCUUAUAACGAACGUCGCAUCAGUAUUGUUCGACCUCCUUCACAACCACCCAACCCUACUCCACCUCCACCUACUGCACCUGUCACGACCUCUUCACCUGGUCCCACUUCUGCUUCUGCUGCUGCUGCUUCUUCUUCUUCUGCUGCUGCAACUACCGGUGGUGGUGGCGGAGGCGGAGGAUAUCGACCCUUGAAUGUGAGAGAUGCACUGACCUAUCUUGAUCAAGUCAAAGUAAGAUUUUCGGACCAACCCGAUGUAUACAAUCGAUUUCUAGACAUCAUGAAAGACUUCAAGAGCCAGGCGUAAGAUUGAUACACCUGGCGUGAUUGAACGCGUCUCAACUUUAUUUAAAGGUCAUCCAACAUUAAUUUCGGGAUUUAAUACAUUUCUUCCACCGGGUUAUC